CUUGCCGUAGAAAACACGGAAGCACUGUGUGGCCAUGGUGGUCGUCGGUUAGCCUGACCGUGCUGUCCGUUUCAGGGCUGCUUAUCAUGGCCACAUGUUCAGUAACGGGUCAUAUGCCGUGUGUUGACGAAGGAGGGUGCGGCGGGGAUGUGGCUAAAUAAUGGGAAACGUGUUUGGGAGAAAGACUCCACCCUCGCGUGUGACGGAGCAGGACAAAGCCGUUUUGCAACUGAAGCAGCAGAGAGACAAACUGAAGCAGUACCAAAAGAAAAUCACCUCGCAGCUGGAGAAAGAGCGACUUCUCGCCAAGCAGCUGCUGAAAGAUGGCAGGAAAGACAAAGCACUGCUGCUUCUCAAGAAGAAACGAUAUCAGGAUCAGCUGCUAGAAAAGACUGAGAAUCAGAUUUCAAACCUGGAGCGCAUGGUUCAAGAUAUUGAGUUCAUGCAAAUUGAGAUGGAAGUCAUCGAAGGGCUUAAGGUUGGAAAUGAUUGUCUGAGGAGUAUGCACGAGAUCAUGUCAAUAGAAGAUGUGGAGCGAAUCCUGGAUGAGACCCAGGAAUCAAUAGACUAUCAAAGGCAAAUAGAUGAAAUGUUGGCUGGAGCCUUGACGCAGGACGACGAGGACGCUGUUUUAGCAGAGCUGCAAGCCAUCACUCAGGGAGAAGACAUAGCACUUCCAGAGGUCCCUGCUGAGCCAAUACCAGAAGUCCCAGAGGCAGCUAAAGCUGAACCAGAGAGGAGAGAAGCAAAGAACAAGCUGGAGAGAGAGAUGCAGGCGGCCUAACAGACUGACGUUGUGGUUGAUAUCCACUAUUGGACUCCUGGAGCAGGUUGUUUUUGUUCUGUUAAUUCCUCUUUAAUUCUUAGUAUCUGGGACCUGCGGGCAUCCGUGAACCUUUACUCGUUUGACAGGAUCAGCACUUUGUUUGUACUGUGGUUCACUGCUCCCCUGAAGUAUCUACAUGAAGGACGUGUCACGAUCUGUUCGCACAUGUCUGACUGGAAUUAGAAAAGAUCAAUGUCAUAUUAAAAGUGUGCUGGCUCAGAUGAAACAGAAGGACAGGACCAAUUUUUAGAUGUUUUACACAUUAAAUUCUGUUGUUUUACACAUUAAAUUGAGCUGUGGCAACAA